GAUGUCCUCUCUGGUGCACUCAGCCAACCCCUGCCGUUGUAAGGUAAAGCUGGCGGUAUCCUGGUAAAGGAUCCGCUCAGAAAAGCUGGUUUGCACACAUCGGAUCUUCUCUAAUUGAUUAUUUUCUGCUUCGGAGAGAUUUCGCCUUCUAAUUACGCAUGGAAUGGUUUUGGGUUGAUUGGAGUAGAAAUGCAGCGCCGCACUUCGAUCCCACAACAAGAACCAUGCCCAACUUACACUGCAAGCAAAUCUAUGACAUCCUGUUUUAUCCUUUACGACUUUGAUAUGGGUGAAAUUUACUCGGAUAUCGACGAGGAGUGAAGAGGAUAAACACCCAGUACCAGCCGAAAGACGUUGUUUUCGCUGCAGACGCUCGUGUACCGAAAAAAAACCUCUGCAUUUAGGAUUUUCUGGUUUUUGAUGGAGCUGGAGAACAUAGUAGCCAACACUGUACUGCUAAAAGCAAGAGAGGGUGGAGGAGGAAAGAGGAAAGGAAGGAGCAAAAAAUGGAAAGAAAUCCUUCGUUUUCCCCAUAUAAGCCAGUGUGCUGAAUUAGGAAAAACUAUUGAGAGGGAUUAUGUCAGCAUCUGUGAGAAACAGCCCAUUGGACGGCUUCUUUUCCGUCUGUACUGUGAGACCAGAUCCAACCUACAACGAUGCAUCCAGCUUUUGGACGCAAUGGAAGAUUAUGAGGUGACACCUGAUGAAAAAAGAAAAAGUAGAGGGGACCAGAUCAUCAAGACAUUUCUCUCUAAACAAUCACCUCAGCGAGUAGACAUAGCGGAGGCUUUUGCUGAGCAAUGCAGAGAGAACCUCGAGCUCAGUCCUUGUAAGGAGAUCUUCAGCAGCUGUCGCAAGGCUGUCCAUGACUACCUGAGUGGAGCUCCAUUUGCAGACUACCAGAACAGCAUGUACUUUGACCGUUUUCUGCAAUGGAAGAUGCUGGAGAGGCAACCAAUCACUAAAGACACCUUCAGACAGUACAGAGUUCUGGGAAAGGGGGGAUUUGGAGAGGUGUGUGCCUGUCAGGUCAGAGCAACAGGGAAGAUGUAUGCCUGCAAGAAGCUGGAGAAGAAGAGGAUCAAAAAGAGAAAAGGAGAAUCAAUGGCUCUCAAUGAGAAGCAGAUUUUAGAGAAAGUCAACAGUAGAUUUGUUGUGAGCUUAGCGUAUGCAUAUGAGACCAAAGAUGCUCUCUGUCUGGUGCUGACCAUCAUGAAUGGCGGAGACCUGAAGUUUCACAUCUACAACAUGGGCACGCCUGGCUUUGAUAAAGACAGGGUCCAGUUUUAUGCUGCUCAGAUCUGCUGUGGACUCGAUCAUUUGCACAGGGAAUCCAUUGUUUACAGGGAUUUGAAACCAGAGAACAUCCUCUUAGAUGACAAUGGACACAUUCGUAUUUCUGACCUGGGCUUGGCCAUCAAAGUACCAGAUGGAGAACUUAUAAGAGGCAGAGUUGGGACAGUAGGCUAUAUGGCUCCGGAGGUGAUCAACAAUGAAAAGUAUGCCAUGAGUCCUGAUUGGUGGGGACUGGGCUGCCUCGUUUACGAGAUGACCGCUGGACGAUCGCCGUUUCGCGCCCGAAAAGAACGAGUAAAGCGGGAGGAAGUGGAGAGGAGAGUGCAAGAGGAAGAAGAGGAGUACAAUGACAAGUUUACAGAGGAUGCUAAGGCGAUCUGUAGAAUGCUGCUCACCAAAGACCCUAAGCAGAGGCUGGGGUGCAAGGCAGAUGGAGCAGCAGGCGUCAAGGCCCACUCAUUCUUCAAAAACAUCAACUUCAAGAGGAUGGAGGCUGGAAUAGUGGAGCCUCCCUUUGUGCCUGAUCCUCGGGCAGUGUACUGUAAGGAUGUUUUGGACAUUGAGCAGUUCUCCACGGUCAAGGGAGUAAAUUUGGACCAAACUGACAACGAUUUCUACUCCAAAUUUGCUACAGGAAGUGUUUCCAUCCCAUGGCAGAAUGAGAUGAUAGAAACUGAGUGUUUCAGAGAUUUGAAUGUGUUUGGGACACAAGGGACGAGACCUCCGGAUCUAGACUGGAAUCAUCCGCCAGAGCCACCCAGACGCAGCCUGCUGGACAGGAUCUUCAGGAGGCAUCACCCAGAGGUGUCCAUUUCCAACAGCCGUGUGCAGUCUUCCAGUGUAAAUUCAGUGGACUCCAUGUCCAACUCUGCCCCCUAGUGGCACAGUGACAGUGUGGGAGCCACACAAAAACACAAAGGGAAGGAGCUCGGAGGGGCUUCCCCGCUUCUGAUUGGUCCACAGCUGGGGCCUGUGCAGCCGGACGGAGACAGCCUGUCUAAAAUCCUAAAUGGUCAGCCUA